UCGAACGAGGUCGUGAGUGGAUACUCGUAUUAUUAUUAUUAUUAUUAUUAUAUGUAUAUAUAUUUUACAUAUAUAUAAUAAUAUUAUAAAAAAAAAGUAUUUUUUUAUUUAAUAUUUAUAAAUACGCGAGUGAUAAAAAUAAUGUUUCGUGUUUACUUAAAAUAUUUAUCUAUUAUUUUUUUUAUUUUUAAUCCCUCCGAUUUUAGUUAAACGUAACUAGUAUUAAUAAAUAAUUAAUUCUUAUUUAAAAAAAAAGUGAUAACAAUAAAAAUAAAUACUUUAUUUUAAAUAUUUCCCGCGCUUUAUGCCUAACACUAACACUGACUUGUUUAAAUUAAUUACAUAUAUAAAAUUGAAGUGGUAAAUUAAAAGUUUUACAUAAACAUAAACAUGAUUAGAUGACGGAGAAUUUAUUUAAAAUCCAUACUAUUAGUGGUAUCAAUAAUUAUUUUAAAAUUUGACAAUUUAAAUAAUAAAAUAACAUACAAGUGAAUUUAAUGGCUGAUUAAAAAUCUACUUAAUCUCCUUUAUUUCUUAAAAAGUUAUUUUCAAAUACGAUUUGAAAUUAAAUUUGUUACAAGUUUGUUAUUGGAGGAUCAAUUGGUUUUAACAUUUUUAUUAAAAAGGAUAAAGUUUGUGUUGCAGGACAAAAGAGGUCACUGCCGUGACAGUGCAGUUGUUUAUUUUAAACGUACGCUUUUAUUCGCUCUUCCGGGUUAUGAACUCGGGUAAAAAAAAAAUAUAAAAAGUUUUAAAUAAAAUUAAAAUUAAAUCAAAAUACGUUGAGUGUAAAGAUCAAGUUUAGUUUUUAUAAAGUACAUAGUGACGUACAAUAUAGGACGUAGUGUAAAAAAGUUCAAAUUUGAAGCUUAAGCACGCAAAGAUACAAUUGUUGGAUUAAUUAUAAUUAUUUUGUUUCCUCUCCGGUACUAACGAGUUACAGGUGUUGAUAAUUUUGUUUUAUGUACGUCGAGUGUUUUGUUUCUAUGAAUUUAUUUUAAGUGAUAACUAUGACUAGAUUUUAUUUUUCGAUGGAAAAAUGUCUAACGCCCACUUUAUUACGUCAUGAUUAUUGUAAUUGAUAUUUUUGUUUUAAAAUUAUAAUAAUAAAAAGUGAUAUUAUUUUUAAUAAUGCUACGUGAUAAUUUUGAUUAUACGGAUUUUUUAAAAAUUGUUAUUACUUCUAAAUUGAGUGAUGAUUAAGUGAAAAUUUUAUUUAAAAUUUUAAAAAGUAAAGAUAAAUUUGUGAAUAAAUGUUUAGAUGUGAAAUGUCAACACGGAUUUUUAAAAAUUUGAUAUCUAUAAAAAAAAAAAAAAACAUGUGUAUUGAAAGUCGUGACUAAUGACAUUAUUGUACUAUUGAAUUUCUAGUCCGUAUGAAAUUUUUUUUGAUUAUUGAGUUGCAUUGGAUAUGAGACCAAGUUUUUCAAUAAAAAUAAAACAGAAGAGAAAAAGUUUCGAAUUAGUUAUUUUAUUUUUGAGUGUUUCUUUUCAUUAAUUAAAACUCGUGCGGAUUUUUGUGAUAAAGUUUUAAGUGGUUUAUUUAAUUUAAUCGUCAAAUGUCCUAAAAAAACUCGGGAAUAGAUUUAACAACGUUAAAUUGCAAUAAUGGAAGGCGUUAGAUCAAUUACUGGUGAUAAAUCCCGGGACUCUGUCCACAUGAUGCUGAUGAUUAUCCUCGUGGGAUUUUUUAUAUCACCGAUUGUUAAAGGUGACACAAAUCAGCAGUAUUUCAAAGUAAGACCUGUAAAUAGUUCUGUGCAAGAAGGAGGAAAAGUAAUGAUACCAUGUGUCGUUGGAAAACGAAUGGGAAUAGUACAGUGGGCUAAAGAUGGUUUUGCUUUCGUCAUCCAACCCGGUGGUAGUAUUGUUGGUUACCCGAGACUUAAAUUGGAGGGUGAUCAAAAUUCAGGUGUUUAUAAUUUAACGAUACGUGAUGCCUCAUUGACGGAUGAUGGAGAGUAUCAGUGUCAAGUUGGUCCUUAUGGAAAAAUAAAAGCAAUUCGUGCUAAUGCUAACCUCGUUGUCAUAUCACCACCACAAAAGGUUGAAAUCAGCAACUACCCGAACCAGAACAAAAUUGAGCUGAAUGUAGGCGAGUCAAGGAGUCUGGAAUGCACAGUCAGCUACGCGAAGCCAGCUGCCACAAUUGUGUGGUAUCGCGGAAAUCAUGCGAUCACAGGAGGCGAUACUAACGUCACGCCAAUCUCGAUUGAAGACGAUAAAGAUGCACCAAAACCCGGUGAACCGAAGAAAAAACUUCAAAAAUAUGAUACACGUAGUUCGAUAACUAUUGUGCCAACUGUCGAAGAUGAUGGUACGGAUUAUGCUUGUGAAGCAAGGCAUCCGGCUAUUCCUAUUGACAGGCCAAUGAGAGCUGUUGUUAAGCUUUCUGUUUUAUAUCCACCUGGUCCACCGUACAUUGAAGGAUAUACUGAGGGUGAAACAGUUCAACGGGGACAACGAGUUGAGCUAGUGUGUAAAUCACGUGGCGGUAAUCCGCCAGCUCAGGUGGUAUGGUUCAGAAAUGACGAAGUAAAAAGCAACUUUUACCGUACUGACGAUAGAAUAUCCCAGAAUGUACUGACAUUCGAGGCGCAAUCUGAGGAUGACAAAGCACGAUAUCGCUGUGAAGUAUCUAAUGUCAUGAGUGUAACACCUCUCAAAGUUCACGUUGAUCUCAGUGUUCUCUUUCGUCCAGCUUCAGUAAUAAUAACGGGUCCAACUGAAGCUAAAGCAGAGGAAACAGUCACAAUUAUUUGUACAACAGAAAAUUCAAAUCCCCCAGCGGAAAUAAAAUGGACUGUUGGAGGUAGUGAGUUUAAUACAAAUAACUCACGAACUUUUUUAGCGCCCCAAGGUGGUUAUAUUACAACAUCAAAUAUAACAUUUAAUAUUAACCGUGAUGCUAAAAGCGUCGUUGUUAUUUGCCAUGCGACUAAUAAAAAACUUGCUGAUCAUACUAUGAAAGCACAUACCAUUAAUGUUAUAUAUCCGCCAGCAAGUUUAAUAAUUUCUGGUUACGAAGAAAAUACGGCUAUUGAUGCUGGUACUAUAUUAAAGUUACUUUGCGUUGCAACUGCUGGUAAUCCUCUUGCCAAUGUUACUUGGUAUAAAAAUGAUAAAGAGAUAAAAGGAACAGUUUACACAAGAGAUCAUGCAGUAUCAAAUGAAUUAGAAAUUCUUAUAAACGCGUCGGAUAAUAAUGCGCACAUAAGAUGUGAUGCCGUUAACUCGGCUACAACUAUUCCAAUGAGUAAAAAAUUUAUUUUAAAAGUUCACUUCCCACCGGCGCAAGUAAAAAUAACACGAGUACCCGAGGAAUUUAGUGCCGGUGCAGUAGGUAAAUUAAUAUGCGAAUCAAGCGCGAGUAAUCCACCCGCAGAAAUGUCAUGGUGGAAAUCAGGAAUAGCUGUUGAGGGAACUAAAAAUACAACACGCGUGGGACUUCACGGUGGAUUUGUAUCAACUGUCGAGCUUCAGCUACAAUUGACUGAGGAUAUGAAUGAAGAAGUAUACACUUGUCAAGCUCGUAAUGCUGAAAUGGAACGAACAACACAUGACGCAACUGCACUUAAUGUUUUAUUUAAACCAAUAUUUACAUCAAUGGAUCCAAACGAAUUAGUGGGAAUGGAAGGUGAGCCUUACGUAAUAUCUGUAACAGCAAAAGGUAAUCCAAGUACACUUAAUUUCACGUGGAUACGUGAUGGUUUGCCAUUGAGUCGUGACAGCUCACGAAUAAAAGCACGUGACUCGACAUUAAACAUCACACGUUUACACCGUAAUGACGCGGGUACUUAUAUAUGUCAAGCAACAAAUAAACAAGGAUCAUCAUUUUAUCAAUUAAAUUUAACUAUUCAAUACGCGGCUGAAAUCAAACGGACAUCCGAAUCCGGAGUAGUGUAUACGCCAGAUACGGAGGCUAAAUUAUUUUGCGAAUUGGAUGGCAGUCCCAUUGGUGAUGAAUAUGUAACGUGGUACAAAGUUGGCUCGAGUUCGGAACUAUCUAGUCGUUAUUCGACCUCCUUUGCAAACAAAACAUCCUUCCUGCAUAUCAGCAAUCCAAGUGAAGAAGACGUUGGAGAAUAUCGUUGCAAUGUUAACAAUGGAAUUGGAAAUGUCACAUCUAAACCUAUUCUAUUCAUCACUAAUUUUGAACCACAAAUUACUAAUACACAUUUAACAAGAAAAGCUGCUGCUAAUGUUGGGUCAGACGUUAAAUUAUACUGCCGAGCACGUGGAUCACCUUUACCUAAGUUUAUCUGGACAUUUGGUGAUAAAACGUUAUCUCCAAAUGUUACUACAGAUAAAUAUAAAAUUACACGUAAAGAGUUAUCAAAACUUGAAGCUCAAUCAACACUAUCCAUAGUACGUGUAACCCAACGUGAUUAUGGAAAAUACAAUUGUCGUGCAUUUAAUUCAAUGGGUCAAAUAACAGACGUCGUACAUCUCGAUGUAACUUCGCCGCCUGACAAACCGACAGACCUUCAAGUGUCAAAUGUAACUCACGACAGUGUGACAUUAAUAUGGAAAAAAGGUUUCGAUGGUGGUCUACCGACUUCCUAUCGCAUUCGCUGGCGACAAGCACUUGAUUAUCAAGACAAUUAUUAUUACCUUGACAUACCACCAGGACAAUACACCGCAACUAUCGGCGGACUAACUUUGGGAACUUACUACGUCUUUAGUAUAAUGGCGCGAAAUAUUAAAGGCGAGAGUCCAUUCUUGCCUGAUCUUGUUAAAGUUCAAACUCUCCGACUCGAUAAAAGCCAUAGCCAGCAGGAUUUAUUGGAGAAAAGUGAUUUUCCGAUGAAUUAUAUCUAUACAGUUGCCGCAACCUCCAUCAUCUUUUUUAUUAUUAAUCUAUUCAUCAUGUUAUGGUACAUUGUACGAAAGAGAAAUAAGGCCCAUAUCAACAAAUCCCAAACAGCGGACAUGUAUGCACCUUCAACCGUGAAUGGGGACACGAUGACAGGGGAAUUGAGUUCAGUCUCGGACGAGAAGAGCGACGUUAAUUUCGACGCUAAUGAUUACGUGGAUGAGGGGAGAAAAACUGCAGCUAGUACAUAUUUAAUAGAUCAAAGUAUACAAGAUUUUAAUAAGGGCGGUUUGGAGAUGCAAGUACACCAUCAAGGUACCCUCGGUAGACGAAUCAAUCAUAUGCCAAGUGUGAUGCCAUUAGAUUCACCACCACAACGAACUACUGCCAGUGGGACACUCUCUGUUUCGAAAUCGAGUUACAUCGGGAAUCCCAGUCCAGCCCCACCCAGCGACGUAAAUUUCUACAGUGUGGAGAUGGACAGUGGCCGUUAUAUGGGUUAUGAAACGAACCCUAGCCCGGUCCCGGUAUUGAACGAACCCGGACCAGGCGCUUAUUAUCCGUCCCUUGGCAGCGGGCAUCACCACGUUGGUGCGUUACACACAGCAACGAAUACUGGGACACUGACGAGGAAUCGUACACUUCCACGUCCUGUACCCCCGCCCGACGUCACUGUAAUGACUGCAGGAACAAAAUCACCCCAACCCCCAUCAGUGCCGCCUCCGCCAAUUACAUUUGCACGUGCGGGCCCCAUCCCCGUACAUUCCCACGGACAUCCGUUGUCAACUUUCACCUCGACACCCAAUUACUCCGACAUUGAUGGACAUCUUGUCUGAGAUUCAUCCGUCGUCUCGGACGUCCGCAUCGGUUAUUAUCAUCAUCAUCACCAUCAUCAUCUUGCACCCUCACCGACGCCGAACUCCGAGACGCGAACACACUCUGAACGGGUAACACGACUCUAAUUUUUAUUUAAUGGUAAUAAUAAUAAUAAUAACAACAACAACAAAAACUAAAUAAACAGUGAACUUAACUAUAAUAUUAUUAAUAAGCUGAGUGAGUGUGACAUACUUUUAAAAACAGUGCAACUAGUGGUAUGGAUAAUGGAUAUCAAUUUUCAUCAAUAGAAACAAUCUCUUUCAUAAAUUUAAUAAUUAAAUAUGUAUAUAUAAAGAUAAACCUCGAACGGCUGAUACAAUGCGGCUCGGAUGAAUUUCUUAAAUUUAUUAACGUCCAUUUUUUUUUUUUU